AUGUCCACACACGUUGAGGUCGUUUCGACCGAUCUCAGGCGGGCCAAAAUCAAGGUCACACCGGGGACGUACCUCGUCGAUAUCUUGGGCGAAGCUUGUAAGAAGCUCAACCUGAAGAGUGACAAGUAUGAGCUCAAGCACAAGCAGAAGCUGGUCGAUUUGACUGGCCCGUUCCGGACAUCCGGACUCAGUCCUGGCGCCAAACUUGAGCUCGUACAAAAGUCGAAGAGCGCCUCGGUGGUAUCUAUCGCCCUUGACGUUAACGGCCAGCGUUAUACCAAGAAGCUUCCGAGCGACAUGUCUUUAUGGAAGGUGAUGCGGCAGUUCGAGAGCUCAGAGAAGGGCUUGAGUAUCACCGGGAGGGGCGUGCCUGUGGGGACGAACAGCGGUCAGUUAUACCACGAUGCCCCGGUGGUGAAUAUCAUGGGUAGAGAGUAUGCAGCGAUGGAGGACCUGCAGAAAACGCUCUCCCAGUGCGGCAUCAACUCGGGCAGCAUGGUGCUUAGAGUUAGUUUCAAACUCGGCGAGAGGACCCUUUACGAUGCCAUGCGGGAGAUCGCCCAGUACCUCGACGAAGUGGAGCCGGAACAACCCACCGCAGAGGGAGCAGAGUCCCAGCCAGCUUUGGCUACCGAAGAGCCGAAAACGGCUGACAGUGCUCCGAGGGAAGUUACGCAACCUGAAGCCAUCGCGCCGGCGGCCACCGAGGAAGAAGCACAAAGUGCGCCAGCCGAGUCGAGCACAGCGGGCGAGCCCAUGGAAGUCGAUGGGCCACCUGCUACAGCUCCUGCCCCGUCGAAUCCUCUACAACCAACCGGCGUGUUCACCGCGCCAACAUCCUCAACCCCGGCCGCCGCCUACACACGCGAAGACGACUCUGUCUACGAACCGACCAUCGCCCACGCCCAGCUCCGCCAACAGCAGCUCCUCCACCGAUCCCAAAACACGCGCCUCAAGUCCGACGCCGAGCUUGCCGCAGAUGCAGCCGAGGAGGCAGCCCGGCUUGCCAAGAUCACCGAGGUCGAAGUCAAGGUCCGCUUCCCCGACCAGACCUCGGCCACGUGGACCAUCACACCCGACAAGACUGGCACCUUCCUUUACCAAGCGAUCCGCAACGUCAUGAACCACCCAACUGCGCCCUUCAAGCUGAUCCUCCCCGGCCCGAAGACAGUCAUACAGGAGACGGACAAGAAGCUGAUCGUCCAGUACCGCCUCAAGGGGCGCGAGAUGCUGCAUCUACUAUGGGAGGACUCGGUCACGGCCAGCGUGCGGCGGGAGCCGUUCCUCGAGCGGAGCGUCGCGAGCAAGGCGAAGGAGGUGGUGGUGCCCGACAUUCCGCAGAGCGUGGCGGACGAGCGCGAUGCGCCGGGGCCGUUGACUUCCCAGCCGGUCAGGCAGGAGAAGGGUAAGGGUGGGAGCGCGCUUGACUCGGAUGCUGUGAAGAAGAAGCUGGGCAAGUUCUUGGGGCUGGGGAAGAAGUGA